AUGCUGCUUCCGAGUACUCGCCGCGAUAUUCACCUCGUGAACGAGUUUCUGGCUGAAGCAAAAUUAACAGCAAGCAUGAAGCACCCUCGAAUUGUAACGUGUAUUGGCGGCGCGUGGGAUUCUCUCUCUGAUUUGUGUGUGGUUCUGGAGUUCAUGGAAGGCGGUGAUCUGCGUACACUACUCGAGAGCUACGAGAAAUCAAGUCACCCGGUCGGAUUUGACCGUGAAAAAGUGACUAUCGCAUUGCACGUGUGUCAUGCCCUCACAUACUUGCAUUCCUUGGAGCCUCCAGUGAUCCAUCCCAAAUUAACAGAUUUUGGGAUUUCAAGAGAACGACUACCGGUAGACCGGAGAGGAAAUACCAUCGGUCAGUAG